AUGCAGACGGCUGUCAUGGCUCAACCCUCGCAGGCGCCGUCGUACGGCGGUGCCCUGCCCCUGCCCCUGCGCCGCAAGCCCAUAGCCAACCCCGGCAUGGCAGUGCGACCGCCACAGCAGCCAUACAACGACGCACAGAUGGGCCACUCACGCACACGAACAACGUCGUCGGGCGUCUUUCCCGCCGCGGCUGCCUCCCCCACCGCCUCCACCACCACGAUGAAUUCGCAAUAUCCCCAGUACCCGUCGCAGUACCCGAGCUCGCUCCGCCGCACCCCCACGUCGUCGACCAGCUCCACCACGGGCACACCCAACCGCUCCAACAGCGACGCCCUCGGCCGCUCUUCGUCGACGCGUUCCGGCACCUCGCCCACCUCGUAUGUCGCCCUCAUGCGCAAGCAAAAGGCCACGGUCUGGUGUGACCGCGCCCAGUACGAGGACCCGCGCAUCCAGGCCCAGCAGCGCCAGGCCCGGAUGCGAGCCAACAUGGAGGUGGCCGGCGGCAAGAACGCCCCCGCACGAGGCCCCUCGGGCAGCUCGAGCAUGGCCGCCGGCGUGCGCUCCAAGGUGCGCCAUCACGGCGCCCCCAAAGCCACCCUCUACGCGCCCACCACCUACACCGGCACCGGCGUGCCCAUGCGCCUGAGCGCGUCCGAGGUCGACGAGGGCGACGACGACGAUAGCGGCUCCGUUGGCGGCCAGUACCACCACCGCACCGGCUCGGGACGCAGCUCGCUGGGCUCUGGCCGCCGCGUCUCGUACGCCAACCCCGCCGGCCGUGUCUCGUCCAACUCGACGCCUCCGCAAAACACGUCAUCGGACGAGCUGGGUGACGUGGCCGAGGAGCCCACGCCGAACCAAGACCGCGACGCCAACGAGUACUUUGUCGAGCACACCAAGACGAACCUGUCCACCGGCAGCGGCAGUAGCGAGGAACGAAACUUUGGCGCCAUGGCCCCGAUCAAAUCACUGCCGAAGCUCAAAGUCACCAACAACUCCGACUUGAUGAGAAAGGGCAGCGUGGACGAGCGGACAACGACGAUGAGCAACACGCGUCUUUUCAUCGCCAAUCCGGAUGCAGACAGCGACUAA